CGCGCCCAUCCCGAUUCCGCCCUCUCCACCACCACCACCCCCGACCAUGGCAUCUCGAAGGCUUGCGCUGAACCUCCAGCAAGGCCUCCGCGCCCAGCGCGCCAUCAACGCCGUCCGUCCCAACAUCACCCGCCGCGCAUUGGCGACUCCUGUUAGCCAUGCCUCCACCACCGAGAGCACCACGCUGAGCAAUGGCUUCACCAUCGCCACCGAGCACUCUCCCUUCGCCCAGACCAGCACCGUCGGCGUGUGGAUCGAUGCCGGCUCCCGCGCCGAAACCGACAAGACCAACGGCACCGCCCACUUUCUCGAGCAUCUCGCCUUCAAGGGCACCCAAAAGCGCACGCAAAACCAGCUGGAACUUGAAAUCGAAAACAUGGGAGGACACCUUAAUGCAUACACUUCCCGCGAAAACACCGUCUACUACGCCAAAAGCUUCAACUCCGACGUCCCCAACACCGUCGACAUCCUCUCGGAUAUCCUCCAAAACAGCAAACUCGAGCCGCAAGCCAUCGAGCGCGAACGCGAUGUGAUUCUCCGCGAGCAGGAAGAGGUGGACAAGCAGUUGGAGGAGGUUGUGUUCGACCACUUGCACGCCACUGCGUUCCAAGGACAAGCAUUGGGCCGCACCAUCCUCGGACCCAAGGAGAACAUCCAAUCCAUCUCCCGCGAUGAUCUCUCCAACUACAUCAAGACAAACUACACCGCCGACCGCAUGGUCCUGGUCGGUGCGGGAGGUGUCCCACACUCGCAGUUGGUCGAGCUUGCGGAAAAGUACUUUGGCAACAUCCCGACCUUCAACAAGCAACAACAGGCCAAUGCCAACGUUCGUGGUCUCGAGACUCAAAAACCUGAUUUCGUCGGCUCCGAGGUCCGGAUACGCGAUGAUACCAUCCCAACCGCACACAUCGCCAUUGCGGUAGAGGGUGUCUCUUGGAAGGACGACGACUACUUCACCGCGCUGGUGACGCAAGCCAUUGUCGGCAAUUGGGACCGCAGCAUGGGCAACUCGCCAUACCUAGGCUCCAAGCUCAGCACCUUUGUCCACGACAACAAGCUCGCCAACUCCUUCAUGUCCUUUUCCACCUCCUACUCCGACACUGGUCUGUGGGGAAUCUACCUCGUCUCCGACGCCGCCACCCGUCUCGAUGAUCUCGUCCAUUUCACUCUCCGCGAGUGGUCGCGACUCUCCUUCAGCGUCAGCGAGGCGGAGACCGAGCGCGCCAAGCAGCAAUUGAAGGCCAGCAUCCUCCUGUCCCUCGAUGGUACCACCUCCGUCGCUGAGGAUAUCGGCCGUCAAAUCAUCACCACUGGACGCCGUUUGGAUCCGGAAGAGGUCGAGCGUGUCGUUGGUGCCAUUACUGCCGCUGAUGUCAUGAGCUUUGCCCAGCGCAAGCUUUGGGAUCGCGAUGUGGCUAUUUCCGCGGUGGGUCAGAUUGAAGGUCUGUUGGACUACAACCGUAUUCGCAAUGAUAUGACGAGGUUGAUGUCAUAG